GUGCCCGGGGCGGGGCUUGCCUGGAGGUGGGGAGCAGGGAUCCGGAAGCACCUGAGCUGUACCCGGUCUUCUGUAUGUUUAUUGUCCAAGUGGUGUUUUCUGGCUGGAUCUAGUGUCGGGGGUCUGAGGUGUCUUAUCUCCGGGCCUCCUGGGGCUGUGUGGAGGCUGCCGCACCCUGGGCCGCGGCCUGGUGCCCUGUCGUGGGAGCCCCAACUUCCUCCUACCAUGCCCGCGGCCGCCGCCCCCAUCAUCAGCUCGGUCCAGAAGCUGGUUCUGUAUGAAACCAGAGCUAGAUACUUUCUAGUUGGGAGCAAUCAUGCAGAAACAAAAUAUCGUGUUUUGAAGAUUGAUAGAACAGAACCAAAAGAUUUGGUCAUAAUUGAUGAUAGGCACGUAUAUACUCAACAAGAAGUGAGAGAACUUCUUGGCCGCUUGGAUCUAGGAAAUAGAACAAAGAUGGGACAGAAAGGAUCCUCCGGGUUAUUUCGAGCUGUUUCAGCUUUUGGUGUUGUAGGUUUUGUCAGGUUUUUAGAAGGCUAUUACAUUGUGUUAAUAACUAAAAGGAGGAAGAUGGCAGAUAUUGGAGGUCAUGCAAUAUAUAAGAUUGAAGAUACAAAUAUGAUCUAUAUACCUAAUGAUUCUGUACGAAUUACUCAUCCUGAUGAAGCUCGGUAUCUACGAAUCUUUCAAAAUGUGGACCUAUCUAGCAAUUUUUACUUUAGUUACAGCUAUGAUCUGUCCCACUCACUUCAGUAUAAUCUCACUGUCUUGCGAAUGCCCCUGGAGAUGUUAAAGUCAGAAACAACCCAGCCUCGCCAGGAGAGUUUCGACAUCUUUGAAGAUGAAGGAUUAAUUACACAGGGUGGAAGCGGUGUAUUUGGGAUCUCUAGUGAGCCUUAUAUGAAGUAUGUGUGGAACGGUGAACUUCUGGAUAUAAUUAAAAAUACUGUGCAUCGUGACUGGCUGUUGUAUAUUAUUCAUGGGUUCUGUGGGCAGUCAAAGCUGUUGAUCUACGGACGACCAGUCUAUGUGACUCUAAUAGCUAGAAGAUCCAGUAAGUUUGCUGGGACCCGCUUUCUCAAGAGAGGCGCAAACUGUGAGGGUGAUGUUGCAAAUGAAGUGGAGACUGAACAAAUACUCUGUGAUGCUUCUGUGAUGUCUUUUACUGCAGGAAGUUAUUCUUCUUAUGUCCAAGUUAGAGGAUCGGUCCCUUUAUACUGGUCUCAGGACAUUUCAACUAUGAUGCCGAAACCACCCAUUACAUUGGAUCAGGCAGACCCAUUUGCACAUGUGGCUGCCCUUCACUUCGACCAGAUGCUUCAAAGGUUUGGCUCCCCCAUCAUCAUCUUGAAUUUAGUGAAGGAACGAGAGAAAAGAAAACAUGAGAGAAUUCUGAGUGAAGAGCUUGUGGCCGCUGUGACGUACCUCAACCAGUUUUUGCCUCCUGAACACACGAUUAUUUAUAUCCCUUGGGAUAUGGCCAAGUACACCAAAAGCAAGCUGUGUAAUGUUCUUGAUCGACUGAACGUGAUUGCAGAAAGUGUGGUGAAGAAAACAGGUUUCUUUGUAAACCGCCCUGAUUCUUACUGUAGCAUUUUGCGGCCAGAUGAAAAGUGGAACGAACUAGGAGGAUGUGUAAUUGCCACUGGUCGCCUGCAGACGGGUGUUCUUCGAACCAACUGUGUGGACUGUUUAGAUCGCACCAACACAGCACAGUUUAUGGUGGGAAAAUGCGCUCUGGCGUACCAGCUGUACUCCUUGGGACUGAUCGACAAGCCUAAUCUGCAGUUCGAUACAGACGCAGUUAGGUUAUUUGAGGAACUCUAUGAAGAUCAUGGGGAUACCCUGUCCCUUCAGUAUGGUGGUUCUCAACUUGUUCAUCGUGUAAAAACCUACAGAAAGAUAGCACCAUGGACCCAGCACUCAAAAGACAUCAUGCAGACUCUGUCUAGAUAUUACAGCAAUGCUUUUUCAGAUGCUGAUAGACAAGAUUCCAUUAAUCUCUUCCUGGGAGUUUUUCAUCCCACUGAAGGGAAACCUCAUCUCUGGGAACUCCCAACAGAUUUUUAUUUGCAUCAUAAAAAUACCAUGAGACUUUUACCAACAAGAAGAAGCUAUACUUACUGGUGGACACCAGAGGUAAUAAAACAUUUACCACUGCCGUAUGAUGAAGUUAUCUGUGCUGCGAACUUAAAGAAGUUGAUAGUGAAGAAAUUCCACAAAUAUGAAGAAGAGAUUGACAUCCACAACGAGUUCUUUCGACCAUACGAACUGAGUAGUUUUGAUGAUACCUUUUGCUUGGCUAUGACAAGCUCAGCACGUGACUUUAUGCCCAAGACCGUUGGCAUUGAUCCAAGUCCAUUUACAGUGCGUAAACCAGAUGAAACCGGAAAAUCAGUAUUGGGGAACAAAAGCAAUAGAGAAGAAGCUGUCUUACAGCGUAAAACGGCAGCCAGUGCCCCGCCACCCCCCAGCGAGGAAGCUGUGUCCAGCAGCUCUGAGGAUGACUCUGGGACCGACCGGGAAGAGGAGGGCUCUGUGUCUCAGCGCUCCACCCCAGUGAAGAUGACGGACACAGGGGACAGUGCCAAAGUGACCGAGAAUGUGGUCCAGCCCAUGAAAGAGGUAUAUGGAAUUAAUCUCUCAGAUGGUCUCUCAGAAGAGGAUCUCUCCAUUUAUUCAAGAUUUGUUGAGCUGGGUCAGCGUCGACAUAAACAAGACAAGAGCAGCCAGCAGCUCUGUUCCAGGUGCCCAGAUGGAGUUAUAAAACUUAAAGUGAAGGACAACUUUGAAAAGAUGCCGGCUAAGUACUCUUCAAAACUAUCAAGACCAUCAAAAGACAAGGAAAAUCAACUGUCACCGCCAAGAAGAAACUAAGGUGACAUGAUGACUAAAUGUAAUGGACCUUGAAGGGACCGUGGACCAGAAAAAGGACACAUAUGGACUUUAGCUAAUAAUAAUGUGUCAAUAUCAGUUCAUUAAUGGCAACAGACGUCCCAGACUCGUAGGUGUGAAUAAUCGGGGAAACUGGGUGUGGCUAUGUGGGAACUCUCUGUACUCUGCACAAUGAUUCUACAAGUCUCAAGAGGUUCUAAAAUAAAAAGUUUAUUAGAAAAAAAGAUGCAGGAUACAAGAGAUGUAAUGAUGUGGUAGCAUUUGGUAAUCGCAUUUGGUAAAUCGAAAAGGUAAAAAUACCCAAGUGGACAUGAAGAAUGUAAGUUGGGUGUCAUCACCUCUGUGAGGGAGAAGAGACACAUGACCAUACUGUAACCCAUUGGCCUGAGUUUUCAGGAGUGACAGGCCACUGCUGCUGCUGUUCCGGGAAGUUUGAGGACAGAUGGGACACAUUGUUCCCAGAGGUCACUGUGUAGUGUCUGAUGGAUGACCGGUUGCCCCGAGGGAGAGUCCGGGCCUGCAUACAGGCAGGGAAGAGCUGACUCUGGGAGAUGAGGUUACG